GGUUUGGGGCUGAACCUUGGUCCAAUGCAUCUCGCCCUUCGCCUGGCCGCCUCGCCUUGUGCACAGCUGGUUCAGCAGUCGGGCGAUGAUAUCAUCUCCUUCCUUGGCGGGCUUUUCGAGGAGCUCAACCAGCUGUCCGCAAAUCUUCCCGGGCUUAGCUACAGCUUGCUCGUCCUCGCUGCACGGCAGCUGCUGGGCGAUGCCCAAGAUUUGACAGAGGCUACGCAGUUCCUUGUCGCCUGUGGUGCUGGCUGCGGCGUGUGCCCCGGAUCCCAGGCUGCUUCGGCCUGGACGUCCGUGGUGGAGAGCAGAGCCCAUGUUUUGGAGGAGCGGCUGUCGCGGUUUGCUUCACUGAGCCCUGGGACUUGGAAGCCGCAGCCGAUGUUGGCGCGAACCAGGAGCUCCACCGGCUAUUUGGAGCUCGGGCGCCUGCCGAAAUUGCAGGGCUCUGCAGAUACGGAGCAGUCGGUGAUCAAGCGCUUGGUGCAGGUCAGCGAGGCCUUGCAGCAUGAUUUCACCACCAUCCGCCAAGACUUCGGGGUCGCCCUGACGACUGGCAAGGCAUUAGUCUACGCGGAAGCCAUCAGCCCAGGUGUGGGCCCUGG